UGCGUCAGCAGCUCUUGAAUUCUGCUACGUAGCGGAUAAGCGAUAACCGUUCUGCGAUUUCCGUGCCCGUGUCACAUUUCUAUCGGUGGCAUUGGCGUCUUCAGGCAGCCUCACAUAAACAUCUCCAAAGAUGGCAUCAAAUAUACCACCAGCUCCAGUGGUUUUGAAACAAGGCCAUGCAGCAGAGAAGAUAAGUUUUGUCCCGCCAAAUAUGCCAAGUCGUUGUACCUGGCAUCUCGGUGCUGAUGGGAAAACAACACCACACUCUUUGGAGAAACUAACACCUCCAAAGAAGAUUAUGCCAAAUGUUCUCCAUGUAAUUGGAAACACACCAAUGAUCCGUCUGAAUAACAUUCCAAAGUCUCGUGGCAUCAAAUGUGAAAUGUUGGUUAAAUGUGAAUUUUUUAACCCUGGAGGAAGUGUAAAGGACAGAAUAGCUUACAGAAUGAUAGAAGAUGCUGAAAAAAAGGGAAUUCUCAAGCCAGGAGAUGUUCUUAUUGAACCAACAUCAGGAAACACUGGAAUUGGUUUGGCAAUGGCAUCAGCUGUAAAAGGUUAUCGGUGCAUAAUAGUAAUGCCUGAAAAAAUGUCAAAUGAAAAAGUGGAUGCCUUGAGAGCUCUUGGUGCAGAAAUUAUAAGAACUCCAACAGCUGCAUCUUUUGACUCACCUGAGGGUCUGAUUGCUGUUGCACAAAGACUGAAUAAAGAAAUACCAAAUUCUAUUAUUUUGGAUCAGUACAGGAAUGCAGGAAAUCCUUUAGCACAUUAUGAUCUGACAGCAGAAGAGAUUCUACAACAAUGUGAUGGAAAAGUUGAUAUGGUAGUAAUGGGGGCAGGAACUGGAGGCACGAUCUCAGGUGUCGGACGUAAGCUGAAGGAGAAAUGUCCCAACUGCAUUGUUGUUGGAGUUGAUCCUGAAGGCUCCAUCCUAGCUGAACCAGCUGAACUGAACAAGACUGAUGUUACCUUCUAUGAAGUGGAAGGAAUUGGAUACGAUUUCAUUCCCACAGUAUUGGAUCGAAGUGUGGUGGAUAAAUGGGUCAAAUCAAAUGAUAAGGAAUCACUUGUCAUGGCAAGGCAGCUGAUUAAAGAAGAAGGCUUACUUUGUGGUGGGAGCAGUGGUUCAGCAAUGUCAGGGGCUCUGAAGGCUGCUGCUUCAUUAAAGGAAGGCCAGCGGUGUGUGGUACUACUUCCUGAUGGGCUACGAAAUUAUAUGACAAAGUUUGUUAGUGACCAGUGGAUGCAGACAAGAGAAUUUUUUGAAGAUGAUGGCUCCAGUCAGCAUUGGUGGUGGAAUCUAACUGUUUCUAGUCUCGGCUUGAAAGCACCUCUAACUGUACUACCAUCUGUAACUUGCCAAGAGGCAGUUGACAUACUGAGGAAGGAAGGUUAUGAUCAGCUGCCAGUAGUGGAUGAAUCAGGAAGUGUACAAGGUAUGGUGACAAUGGGGAAUCUGAUGUCACGUCUCGUAAACAGCCGUGCGUUACCCACUGAUCCAGUGGAAAAAGUGUUGUACCGCCAGUUUCGGAAGAUUACACUGGAUACAUCACUGGGCAAGCUAUCCCGUCUUCUCGAAAGAGAUCAUUUUGUCCUUGUCACUCAUUCACAGAGGCUAUACACAAAUAGCAAUGUGGUUGAGACAAGGGAAGUAAUUAUUGGAAUUGUUACACCGAUAGAUCUUCUGAACUAUAUAACAAACAAGGGUGGUGUAACAAAUGGCAGUGACAUCCUUAAUGGAAGUAUAAAGACAUCUGAAUCAGAAUAAACAUGUGAACUGUGAUUUUCAGCAUUCUAUUACACAUCAAUUGGAUGUUUAAGAGUGAAAAAAUGUGUCCAAGAAUGAAAAACUGUACUGAACAAUACAGAUAGUUUUUAUUUCAUCCAUCAAUUCAGAGACAAAGGAAAUGAUUAAAAUGCCCAUUGUAUGCACCAAAUGGAGAGGCACCACCAAAGAAACAAUUAACAAACUUUUUAUGUAGAUGAUCAUUGACUAGUAAAAAUUGUUUGCAUUAGAAAAAUUAAUUUUGUUUCAUGUGUUAGGUCAAUGUCAAAUGCAACAAAAUUCAUCAUAAAUGACUGAGCAAAGGAAACAGAAGCUAGAACAUAGCUCAAGGAGGGACUGAUGGCUAGUAAUUUUUUAAAAUUAAUCUAUGAGAAGAGAGAGGAGUUUAUCAUUAAAAUGGUUAAAAAAGUGUAGUUCCUCCAGUGGCUGAAAAUAUAUGUAUUCUCAGACUUACAGUUACCUUUUUUGAUACAAAAUAAAGGGAAUCUGAAGAGUAUAAGGGAAUUAAAUUAUAAUUUAUGUUGAUGCCAAGGUCAAAGCAGAAACUGCAAAGUACAAAUGCAAAUGUCUGUGAAGUUGAAGUUUGAUUUUGUGGCAUGUAUUCUGUUGCAUAGCAUUUAUAGUGGUGCUUAUUCAUGGUUAAGUGUAUUGUUCCAUUGAUAGGCAUCAUAAAAUACAAUUUAAGAAAUGCAUUGUGGCAUGUGUUGUCUAAUGAAGUGACUCAGUACUGAUGUUAACAUGCACCUUCAUAUGAGUUAUAUUUUUUCACUGUUUUGAUGAUCAAUAAAUACUUUUUUAGAAAA